GAGAUAUAUAACCCAUUUUAAUCUGUCACCUCUGUUCUUGGAAAUUGUAAGAAACUUAUGUUUGUGGGAGAGAGAGAGAGAGAGGUAACAGGCCAUAUGGCCAUCGUGGGGCAGAAGUCAUGAGCCUCUUGGUCUACGGAGACAGAGAGAGGUCAUAGGCCAUGAGCAUGCACUAAGUAUUGUUGCCUCACCGUCAAUCAAUCAAGGCAGUGGUGGGGGCUGCUGCGAUUCGACGCCUCAAGCAAGAGCAAAAUUCUUCCACGUGAUAGCGAGUGUCACUUUCAAUUACCCCACGAGUUAAAGGUGCUCUCUCUCUCUCGUCUGGUCUUCCACGUCUCCCACCCCUUCGGACCGGCCGUCUCUUCUUCCUCACUGGACCUUCCUUUUUAAAUACAUAUACUUUCUUCCCCAUCCAUCCAAACUCGAGAUGGGUGUUCUUCGGGGACCUGGGUUCUUCUCAAUCUCAAUCCUUCUUCUUCUGGGUUACAGCAGAAUCAUCAGUGGAAGCACUUCGACCGACCUCUUGUACUCGUACUUCGAAGGGGGAGCUUAUAUUAGCUCUGAAGAUUUGACCCCCAAGAACGGAAGUUCAUCUCAGCGUUCAAACUUGCCGUCAACGUCGCCAUCGUUGGAGGACGAGGAGUAUGGGGUUCGGAGCAGUAUGUAUUCGGAGGAGAUUCUGGAGCUGGCGAAGCGGCCGGAGACGGUGGAGUGGCUUAAGGGGUUGAGGAGGAGGAUACAUGAAAACCCAGAGUUGGCUUUCCAGGAGUACGAGACGAGUCGGCUGGUUCGGAGCGAGUUGGAUCGAUUGCAAAUCAGUUACCGCUUUCCUUUCGCAGAGACCGGCAUCCGAGCUUCCAUUGGAACCGGCAGUCCUCCCUUCAUUGCGAUCAGGGCGGACAUGGAUGCUCUGCCUAUUCAGGAAGCAGUGGAAUGGGAGCAUAAAAGCAAAGUCCCAGGAAAAAUGCACGCUUGUGGGCACGACGCACACACAGCCAUGCUUCUUGGUGCGGCCAAGAUAUUGAAGAGCCGUGAACACAACCUCAAGGGAACUGUGAUACUUGUCUUUCAACCAGCAGAGGAAGCUGGUAAUGGUGCCAAGCGGAUGAUGCAAGAUGGAGCUCUUGAGGAUGUGGAAGCCAUAUUUGCUAUUCAUGUAUCACAUGAGCGUCCUACUGGAACUAUUGGUUCAAGGCCUGGUCCUUUGCUUGCUGGCUGUGGCUUCUUCAAAGCUGUAAUAAGUGGGAGAAAAGGCCAUGCUGAGAGUCCUCACCUCUCUGUUGACCCUGUUUUAGCUGCCUCAGCUGCAGUGAUAAGCCUACAAAGCCUUGUGUCUCGUGAAGCAAAUCCUCUGGACUCACAGGUAGUAUCAGUGGCUUCAUUUAAUGGAGGGGAUGAUCUUGACCUGAUUCCGCAAUCGGUUACCCUUGCUGGUACAUUCAGGGCCUUCUCUAAUGCAAGCUUCUAUAGGCUCCUGCAAAGAAUAGAGGAGGUUAUUGUAGAACAGGCUAGCGUCUACAGAUGUUCGGCCACUGUUGAUUUCUUUGAGAAGAAGACGCAGAUAUACCCUCCAACAGUGAAUGAUGAGUACAUGUAUGAGCAUGUAAGGAAAGUGGCCAUUGAUUUGGUGGGUGCCAAGAAUUUCAUUGUGGUGCCACCAAUGAUGGGAGCAGAGGACUUCUCCUUCUACUCAGAGAUGAUCCCAGCAGCCUUCUUUUAUAUUGGUGUGAGGAAUGAGACAUUGGGUUCAACACACUCCGGCCACUCUCCCUAUUUCAUGAUUGAUGAAGAGGUUCUCCCCAUAGGAGCUGCAGCUCAUGCUGCAAUUGCUGAAAGAUAUCUCAAUGAGCACGGUUGAGAGUGAGAGCUGCUCAAUACUGCUGUUGGAUGGACAUACUCUGGAUAUCAAAGGACUACAGAAACAUUCUAAAAUGUAUUAUCCUACAGUAUUGUUCUGAAGCUUGUCCUCUGCAAUUUGUAACUGGGGGUGUGUGAGCAAAAAGUUUUCCCCUGUAAUGGUGCUGAGGAUAAGUGGAAGGCCACCUACUUGUUAAAGAAUCCUCUGCCCUGAAAGAAGUUAUUGGAAGUUCGCAUUUGUGCUGUUGAGAACACCAAUCAAUUCAGAUUGGACUGAUUCUUCUGUA